AUGCCUCCGCCGCUCGUCCUGUCAGCUGCCGUGCAAGCCAGUACCACAGUAGGUGUUUCUAUGCCGAAGGGCACCCCUAUUGGUGUGGCGGCCAAGAAGAAGGGAGCGGCACCUUCUGCCACGGGAUGCAUCGUCAAGCAAAAGGCACCUGCUGCAACUAAUGGUGGUCAGCCUCCCCUGUCUCCGACGAGUCCGACUGCUGCUGCUCAAAAAGUUCAAAACCACCACCCCCAAUACUCCCUUGGCAAUCUGGAGAGUUUUCAGGAGCAGAUCGAGGGUCUCCGCCAUGAAGUGGUUGCCAUUUCCAUAUACAGUUUAACAAGAAACAUCAGUUUCUUGUUGCUAUGUGAUGAAAUGAAACUAGAGGCAAAUCAGGAGCAUAUUGCUGCUAAUGGAUCCAAAAACAUGCGACUGUGUUUCCUGAAUGGUUUGGAGCCACCUGUUUACACGGAUGAGAAUUUAACAUCUCAGAACCAUGCAGCUAUCAAAGUUGCCAUGCUUGAAGGUGACAAGGUGGUAACGUCUGGUGCGCUUUCGGAAGCAAAAAUUGAGAUCCUGGUUCUCCGUGGAGAUUUCUCCAACAAAUGCCAGGACAAUUGGACUGAAGACGAGUUUGACAAGCAUGUAAUGCAAGGUCGGGAUGGGCACGAUCUUGUGCUGGGGACUGUAUGGUUGACCAAUGGAAUGGUUGAACUUAGCCAGAUCCGUUUCAGGGAAGGAUCAUGCAGGAAAAACGUCAUCAUGGCAGCAAGAGUUUGCAAGAGCGAAAAGACUUCUGGUCGGGUUCAGGAAGCCAUCAUGAAGCCUGUGAAAGUUCUCGACCGCAGAAACAAACCAAAUGAGAAGAGCCACCCUCCAAGACUAGACGAUAGACUAUAUCGCUUAGAGGGGAUUGCCAGGGAUGGAGUUUACCACAAGAGGCUUCAGAAGGUGCAAAUCCAUAACGUGGAGGGCUUCUUGAAAACUUUGAAUGAGGACUCCAACAAGCUUCGUGCGAUCCUCAAGAUGGAAAAUCAGCAAAAUGCUUGGUCAAAACUGACUGGGCAUGCUAGGCAGUGUGUUCUCGAAUAUCGGCAAGAACUCAAACGAUACCACAGUAAAGAGGGCAAUGUUGUGCUUUUCUUUAAUUGCGUGCAUGAGCUUGUCGGAGCAGCAUUCCCACAUGAGUAUGUUGCAUGCCAAAGAUUUAACACAGCUCAGAAGGCUUUAGUGAACAAGUGGAGAUUGCAUGCAUAUGAAAAAUUGGAGGACAUUUCACCAGAUUUUACCAAGGAAUUCAACUGCAUGGUCAGCAUCAAGUAA